AUGGAAAUUCACAAAAUUCUCUCUGCCACAAACAAGGCCAUCGCCUGUCUUCUGUUCCUCACUCUCACCAUUGCAUUUACCGCCUCAGCUAGGGUCCUCGACGAGCAAACAGAGGCACCUGUUGUUCCCCCAGAGUCAGAUGAUGCAGUCGACAAUCAUGUCACCAAUGUUCCACCACUACCUACACCAUUAGCACCCACACAACCUAAUCCAACCGGGGCUGCUGCAAGUACUGGUGCGGGAGCCACAAUAACCAAUCCUGGUCAUGCCUUAAGCUUCUUCAUGCAUGACAUUCUUGGUGGAACAAAACCCUCAGCUAGAGCCGUGACUGGCAUAGUCAGCAACCCGGCAGUCACUGGCCAACUCCCAUUUGCCAAACCUAAUGGUGCAAACCUCCCACUAAACACUGGGGUGCCCCAAAACAACAACAAUAACGGUCUUAUAAAUAACGACAACCUACCUUUCCUCGCUGGCCUUGGUGGCACGACACAGCCUGUGAGUCAAAACAAUGGCAAUAACCCGUUCAACAAUGCAUUUAACUUGCCACUGAGCGCUGGGGGCAACCUUCCAUCUGGUUCCGCUCUUCAGCAGCUCAUGUUUGGAACCAUUACUGUGAUCGACGACGAACUAACCGAAGGGCAUGAUUUAGGGUCAGGUUUUAUUGGUAAGGCACAAGGGUUCUAUGUGGCUAGUUCUGUGGAUGGUAACAGCCAAACUAUGGCAUUCACAGCUAUGUUUCGGAGUGGUCAUUAUGCUGAUAGCCUUAGCUUUUUCGGGGUUCACCGAACAGGAGUUUCCGAGUCUCAGCUUGCUAUCAUGGGUGGCACUGGAAAGUAUGUCAAUGCUCAGGGUUUUGCUAUUGUUAAGACUAUCCCUUCUGUCAAUCAGCACACGACCGAUGGUGUUGAGACCUUGCUGGAGUUUGCUGUUUAUGUUAGUUACUAA